GAAGACAGACACCUGAAAAUCUGGUUGGAGUGGCAGUUGAAGUCAGUUCCUGCAGACUUGUUUUUAACGGCUGCAUGUCCUCCGCUGCGGCUCUGCUAUCAAUAAUAUCGUUCUUUUUCUGACACAAUUGAUUUUAAUUUGCGAUGGAGCGCUGGAAGGGCAGAGUAGCUCUGGUAACCGGCGCCUCGGUCGGCAUCGGAGCGGCCGUGGCCAAAGAGUUGGUCCGGUGCGGUAUGAAGGUGGUGGGCUGCGCCAGAGACUUGGACAAGUUGCAGAAACUGGCUGCCGAGUGUCAAAGCGCAGGCUACAGUGGCAUUUUUGUGCCAUUCAAAUGUGAUUUGAGCAAUGUGGACGAGAUCCUAUCCAUGUUUGCCGCCAUCAAAGAACAGCACAAUGGGGUGGAUGUGUGCAUCAACAACGCUGGCUUGGCUCAUCCGGAGCCACUCUUAAGUGGCAAAACCAGUGGAUGGAAGAACAUGCUGGACGUGAACGUUCUAGCACUGAGUAUAUGCACACGUGAAGCGUAUCAAUCAAUGAAAGAAAGAAAUGUGGACGAUGGACACAUCAUAAACCUCAACAGCAUGUGUGGACAUCGAAUUGUUCCUAUUUCCAACAUACAUUUCUACACGGCCACCAAGUACGCGGUGACUGCUCUGACAGAGGGGCUGAGACAGGAGCUGCGUGAAGCCAGGACUCACAUCAGAGCCACUUCUAUUUCUCCAGGCGUAGUGGAGACGGAAUUCUCUUACCGUUUUAACCCUACAGAUCCUGAAAAGGCUGCUGCUACCUACACUAGCCUUAAGCCUUUACAAGCAAUAGAUGUUGCACAUGCUGUUACAUACGUCCUGAGUGCCCCUCCUCAUGUGCAGAUUGGAGACAUUCAGAUGCGUCCUGUGGAGCAGGUGUCUUAACAAUGCCUUAGGUGACGACGCACACUACUUCAUAAAUGUGAUCAUUCUGGAACGGAAAAAUUAUUAUUGUUAUACACUAAAUAAAAUUUGUUGGCACUACAAAGAAGAAAA